GCGCGCGGCCGGGGGGCGGGGCGGGGGCCGAAGCACCGCCUACGUCGGGCUGCGUGACAAUGGGGCCGGCCGCAGAACGCAGCUGCGGCGGCUGCGGGUCUCGUGGGGGCGGAGCGGCCGCCGCUGCCGCCGCAGCUCGGGUCGGGAUUUGAAAGAUUAGAAACUCCGGGUGGAGAGGGCGGCGGCGUUGAAUGUGUGGCGGAAGCGCUGGGGGUCACGGCUCCGCGCGCCGCCGGGCAGCCGGCGGCGUCUCCACAGCAUGAAUUACCCGGGCCGCGGGUCCCCACGGAGCCCCGAGCAUAACGGCCGAGGCGGCGGCGGCGGCGGCGCCUGGGAGCUGGGCUCAGACGCGGGGCCAGCGUUCGGCGGCGGCGUCUGCUGCUUCGAGCACCUGCCCGGCGGGGACCCGGACGACGGCGACGUGCCCCUGGCCCUGCUGCGCGGGGAACCCGGGCUGCAUUUGGCGCCGGGCACCGACGACCACAACCACCACCUCGCGCUGGACCCCUGCCUCAGUGACGAGAACUAUGACUUCAGCUCCGCCGAGUCGGGCUCCUCGCUGCGCUACUACAGCGAGGGUGAGAGCGGCGGUGGCGGCGGCGGCAGCUCCUUGUCGCUGCACCCGCCGCAGCAGCCUCCGCUGGUCCCGACGAACUCGGGGGGCGGCGGCGCGACAGGAGGGGCCCCCGGGGAAAGGAAACGUACCCGGCUUGGCGGCCCGGCGGCCCGGCACCGCUAUGAGGUAGUGACGGAGCUGGGCCCGGAGGAGGUACGCUGGUUCUACAAGGAGGACAAGAAGACCUGGAAGCCCUUCAUCGGCUACGACUCGCUCCGCAUCGAGCUCGCCUUCCGGACCCUGCUGCAGACCACGGGUGCCCGGCCCCAGGGCGGGGACCGGGACGGCGACCAUGUGUGCUCCCCCACGGGCCCAGCCUCCAGUUCCGGAGAAGAUGACGAUGAGGACCGCGCCUGCGGCUUCUGCCAGAGUACGACGGGGCACGAGCCGGAGAUGGUGGAGCUUGUGAACAUCGAGCCUGUGUGCGUGCGGGGCGGCCUCUACGAGGUGGAUGUGACCCAAGGAGAGUGCUACCCGGUGUACUGGAACCAGGCUGAUAAAAUACCAGUAAUGCGUGGACAGUGGUUUAUUGAUGGCACUUGGCAGCCUCUAGAAGAGGAAGAAAGUAAUUUAAUUGAGCAAGAACAUCUCAAUUGUUUUAGGGGCCAGCAGAUGCAGGAAAAUUUCGAUAUUGAAGUGUCAAAAUCCAUAGAUGGAAAAGAUGUUGUCUACCACCUCCCUCCCUUCUCCCUCCCUUCUCUGUUCAAAUGGAGAAGAUAUAAGGAGAGUACAGAUGCGACAGGUCUUAAACGAAAGCGUUCCCAAGCUGUUCAUAGUUUCAAGUUGAGUCGAAACCAUGUGGACUGGCACAGUGUGGAUGAAGUAUAUCUUUAUAGUGAUGCAACAACAUCUAAAAUUGCAAGAACAGUUACCCAAAAACUGGGAUUUUCUAAAGCAUCAAGUAGUGGUACCAGACUUCAUAGAGGUUAUGUAGAAGAAGCCACAUUAGAAGACAAGCCAUCACAGACUACCCAUAUUGUAUUUGUUGUGCAUGGCAUUGGGCAGAAAAUGGACCAAGGAAGAAUUAUCAAAAAUACAGCUAUGAUGAGAGAGGCUGCAAGAAAAAUAGAAGAAAGGCAUUUUUCCAACCAUGCAACACAUGUUGAAUUUCUGCCUGUUGAGUGGCGGUCAAAACUUACUCUUGAUGGAGACACUGUUGAUUCCAUUACUCCUGACAAAGUACGAGGUUUAAGGGAUAUGCUGAACAGCAGUGCAAUGGACAUAAUGUAUUAUACUAGUCCACUUUAUAGAGAUGAACUAGUUAAAGGCCUUCAGCAAGAGCUGAAUCGAUUGUAUUCCCUUUUCUGUUCUCGGAAUCCAGACUUUGAAGAAAAAGGGGGUAAAGUCUCAAUAGUAUCACAUUCCUUGGGAUGUGUAAUUACUUAUGACAUAAUGACUGGCUGGAAUCCAGUUCGACUGUAUGAACAGUUGCUGCAAAAGGAAGAAGAGUUGCCUGAUGAACGAUGGAUGAGCUAUGAAGAACGACAUCUUCUUGAUGAACUCUAUAUAACAAAACGACGGCUGAAGGAAAUAGAAGAACGGCUGCAUGGAUUGAAAGCAUCAUCUAUGACACAAACACCUGCCUUAAAAUUUAAGGUUGAGAAUUUCUUCUGUAUGGGAUCCCCAUUAGCAGUUUUCUUGGCGUUGCGUGGCAUCCGCCCAGGAAAUACUGGAAGUCAAGACCAUAUUUUGCCUAGAGAGAUUUGUAACCGGUUACUAAAUAUUUUUCAUCCUACAGAUCCAGUGGCUUAUAGAUUAGAACCAUUAAUACUGAAACACUACAGCAACAUUUCACCUGUCCAGAUCCACUGGUACAAUACUUCAAAUCCUUUACCUUAUGAACAUAUGAAGCCAAGCUUUCUCAACCCAGCUAAAGAACCUACCUCAGUUUCAGAGAAUGAAGGCAUUUCAACCAUACCAAGCCCUGUGACCUCACCAGUCUUGUCCCGCCGACACUAUGGAGAAUCUAUAACAAAUAUAGGCAAAGCAAGCAUAUUAGGGGCUGCUAGCAUUGGAAAGGGACUUGGAGGAAUGUUGUUCUCAAGAUUUGGACGUUCAUCUACAACACAGUCAUCUGAAACAUCAAAAGACUCAAUGGAAGAUGAGAAGAAGCCAGUUGCCUCACCUUCUGCUACCACCGUAGGGACACAGACCCUUCCACAUAGCAGUUCUGGCUUCCUCGAUUCUGCAUAUUUCAGACUUCAAGAAUCGUUCUUUAAUCUCCCACAACUUCUUUUUCCGGAAAAUGUAAUGCAGAAUAAAGAUAAUGCCCUCGUGGAGUUGGAUCACAGGAUUGAUUUUGAACUCAGAGAAGGCCUUGUGGAGAGCCGCUAUUGGUCAGCUGUCACGUCGCAUACUGCCUAUUGGUCAUCAUUGGAUGUUGCCCUUUUUCUUUUAACCUUCAUGUAUAAACAUGAGCACGAUGAUGAUGCAAAACCCAAUUUAGAUCCAAUCUGAACUCUUGAAGGACAUGAAUGGCCUAAAACUGAUUUUUUUUUUUUUUCCGUUAAAAUGUGUGUGUCAAGAUACGGAGAUUUCAGGGUUAAAGUAUAUUUCAGUUUUCUUUAGGGCAACAUAUAUUUGAAUUUAAAAGCACUUUAUUUAAAAAAAAAAGUUUUCAGUUCUGAAGAAGUCAUUUACAGUUUGCAUCAUUUUAAUUAUGAGUCUGACAAAACCUUCUCCAGAGAAUCAAGCAAGACCUGGAUGUGAAGAAGGUUUGGGUAAACUGCAUGUAAAGGCUACAAAUCACAAUCUGAUUCCUCCCAAAUAUAAAGGCAUAUGGAACAUAAUGUAUUAACCAAAGUAUGUUAUAAAUUAAAAAUGGUCAGGGUUCAGCAUAUUCUAUAUGAAGAUCGCAAGGUGGUAUCAUUGUUUUAGAUUUCUAUGAAGGCUUUCAUUUGUACUCCCUUUGAAAAAAUAUAACAGAUUUAAAAUGUUUUGAAUUUAACUUGUUUAGAAAAACUAAUGCUUAAAACAAUAUUUGAACUACUGUAUUUAUAAUUUAUUACCUCUAAUUGCUUUAUUUCAGUGUAUGAGACAUUACUGUUUUAAUGUUUGCUUUGAACAUAAUUUAAGAACCAGAUUUAUUUUCUAUAGUGUUAAACCCUUUUUUCUCAGAACUCCAUCUUUGUACUCUUCAGAUGAAUAUAUAGACACUGUGGCAUACAUUUUUUUUCAUUAAAAACUUAUGGCUUCAUACAA